AUGUCUAACAAAAGUGGUGUUAUUUUACGUAUCGGAAUUCUCGCUGCUCGAGAUUUGGCGGCUGCAGAUAGGGAUGGUUUCUCCGAUCCAUAUGUAGUCGUCCGAGUUGGAAAUCAGAAAUACCAAACACAAGUAAUUAGCAAAAAUCUUAAUCCAGUCUGGAACCGAGUUUUCGAUGCAAAGUUAGGCCCCGAAAAAAUACCACAACACAUAGUAGUCACCGUAUGGGAUGACGACCGAAUCGGUCGUGACUUUCUCGGUGAGGUGACAAUUCCACUAAAACAAGUAUUUGUGCGUAAUAAUGGUGGACUAAAAGACGGAUUACCACGUUCUUAUGAUGAUCCGCUGAAUCAACCGGCCGCUUAUCCUUUGCAGAAACGUACGUCAAAGAGUGAGGUCAAGGGUGAUAUAGUGCUGAAAUUUGGAUUGGAAGAUAACGAUGGUGGUCCUCAAAGAAACGUGGAGGAAUGGAGUCAGUUUUGGGAGCAAUUCACUUUGCAAAUUGAGUUACGAUGA